UUGGAAAUGAACAAAGUUUGGUUUUAAAUCACUUCACUUACUCUGAUGAAUUACAAAAACAAAUCAAUAACUCUCUUUUCUUUUUGAAAUGUCAUACAUUGCAUUCCUUUUUAUUUCAGACACAUAGGUCCAUAUCAAUAAAAACAUACAAACAAAAACAACACAGACAACAACACAAACAUAUAAUCAUUACAGUUGAUUAAAACACAUACAGGCUUUUGUUUCAAUGUUUCCAAAAACAAGAGGAAUACCUUGUGUCACUUAACGUGGGGUCUGUUAAGGCCAUUAUGGUUACAUUUUUAGAAUCAAUUAAUCGACACAUAAAGUUAUAAAUAAAAUUCCUCAGCACAGCAUAAAAGGUGGGAACAUUGUUAGUCACAAACAUAUGGCUUGCACUUGUCCAUCUUGGGAACUUGAGCACAAUUCUAAAUGCAUCAUUAAAUGCCACCUGAAACUUUUCACAUUUGUUUUGCUAUACCUGCACCAUAAGUGAGCUGUAUAAAGUGAAAUACAGUAGGCUCUAAAAAGGGCUAUUUUGACAUAAUCUGUACACAUAUGAAAUAUGCGUGCAAGCAUUUUUGCUUGUGCAUACGGUUUGCAACACUGGCGCUGCACAUAGUCAUCAUCACAUAGACCAAUCUUUAUAAUGUGACCCAAAUAUUUUACUUUGUUCACCACAUUUAGCACUUGGUCUGCCAUAUAGAAUGAGGGGAAAUUUCGGUGGGGCACGUGGUGAGUUGUGUAUGUAUGCCGCGGGGAAUAGCAUGGGCCUCCACACGUGCUACAUCUCCGCGGUAACGCGCUCAACAAGCCACGUGAUAAGAUGCACAGACUGACGGUCUCAGACACGGAGGCAACUGAGAUUCAUCCUCCGCCACCCGGAUUGAGGAGAGUCACUACACCACUCAUGGAUUUAGAGCGCACUUGGAAUUGGGUAUUCCAAAUUGGGGAGAAGUAAAAAUAAAGUAAUGGGUCUCCACCCAUCUAGUGAUAGCGUAUCCUAAUUUGGCUUGGAUAUUAAGGUAAUUACCCCUUGUCUGAGAGAAGGGGGUAAUAUUCCUUUAUUUAUGGAUUCAUUAAACAUAGAUAAAAUAAAUGGGCAGAGGGCAUCUCUGAAAGUCUUAUAAAAUUCAUUUGUACGCCCAUCAUUACCAGGAGAUUUGUUGUCCUUGAGCUUCUUAAUAUUAUCAACACUUUCUUUAAUACUAUGCUCUUUUUCGCAUAAUUGCUAUACUCAUCACUAACAAAUGAGUUAUUAUCUAGGGUUUUUUAAAAGGCUGCAAUUAAUGCUAGAAUACAAAGAUUGAUAAAACUCCGAUACAUGUUUUGAGAUUGUCAGUAAAUGAUCUGUGACUAUAUUAUUUAUGCGUAAUUUAUUGGCUAGUAAUUGAACCCUGUAGAAAGUAUUUUUUAUUUAUUUAUUAUUAUUAUCCCUAAAACUUCACUCUGAAUUGUUUAAAAUCCAGUAUCCAUUUCUACUCGUGUUCUUUCUAUUGACAUUAGUAAUAAUAGAAAUGUGAAUAGACUUAUGGUCUGUAAGAACUGCCGGAUCAAUAGCACCGCUAUCUACAAAUGAUAUCAUCUCCUCCGAUAUUAACCAUAAAUCUAUACGAGACUGCACUGACGGCUGUUAUCUAAGUAAAUACAAAUAGUCUGUACGUUGUGACGUUGUUACGUGCUCUCGCGAUGCUCAGUGGGCAAUGAGAACACGUGAUGACAUUCGCAUGGAAUACUGGGAAACAAACAGUGGAAUGAAUAACGCCGGGCGUGUAAAAAUCGUUCAGUGAUGUGGGCAAGAGCUCGCUGAAUACCGCGAAAACAACUGAUCUCGUUCCGCUUUGAUAAUUGUGAUUAUUCGGGGCAAGCGAUGUGACGUGUUGGGCUGGAUGGAGCACUGCAGUGAUGUGUGGAGUCUGGAAAGUUGAGCGAGUGUGUGGUUUAUCAGCCAGACGCAAUGACAGGAGCGAUUUGAACACGCCGGAUCAUCACUCAAGUAGCUGCCUGGUCAUUUGAGAUGUCUGGAGGGGUUUUUACUCCUCUGAUGUUGACAGGGCUAUGAUGGGAAACUGGGAGAGAAUGACGUUUGUAUGUGAACAGCAGCAGCUCACACGUUUGGAUCUGAAGUCCUUGAGGUGAUACGACUCCAAGAUAAACACGCUUUCGAUUGCUUUCUAAAUCACUUGACUUUGGGACAAGCCCUGUUCUGUGUGUUAUCUAAAGUGAUCACUUGUAGGCAACGUGGAGAAUCAAGGGUCAACCAGUCAAUCAAUCGGGUGAACUCUUAUGCAGCGCAUAUGAAGGGCUGAAGAUGUGGAGCUCCGGGUCAGUGCAGGGGGUGCUGAAAGCCCUGAAGCACGCUGCGGGUAAAGGGCAGAUCCAGCUGACCCGCUGGCUGCAGCGGAGCCCGGACACGCUGGAAUGCGACAAGAUUGAUAUCUUGAUCUGUAAUGUGUUUGAUGAUCGAGGAAGCGGCGGCAGGUCUGAACCAGACCCCGAGAACCCGAGCGACAGCGGCGUGUCCUUCACCCCCGAAUUCAGACAUCCGUGCUGCAUCACCACCUGUUGCUUUAAAAGUGCCCUGCUGGCGUGCAUCCUGACAGCUGUGUGCUUCUCAUCCGUGGCACUCGUGCGUCAGUACCUGAAGGACGUGUUACUAUGGGUGGAGAGUUUGGACAGUUUUGUGGGAGCGAUGCUCUUCAUAGUGGGCUUGAUCACAGUGUCUUUCCCCUGCGGCUGGGGGUAUAUCGUGUUAAACGUGGCCGCGGGCUAUCUCUAUGGCUUUGUGUUGGGUAUGGGGCUGGUGAUGGUGGGGGUUUUGAUCGGGACCUUCAUAGCUCAUAUGGUGUGCAAGAGACUACUGACGAACUGGGUUUUAAGUAAGAUCGGGAGCAGUGAACAGCUGAGUGCUGUUAUUCGGGUGGUGGAGGGUGGAAGUGGACUCAAAGUUGUGGCCUUAGCGAGACUCACGCCGAUACCCUUCGGUCUCCAGAAUGCAGUCUUCUCGGGUUCUUUUGGUAUCCCAGAAAAGAACUGCUGUCUAUGGACGCUUCGCUCAAAUUGCGCUGAAACUGCCCCAAAAGUGCUGUUUGUGGGGUUGGAACACCCCGUUUACCACAGAAUAUUGGAGAUUGGGGCUUCUUUAGAUUUGACCCGCAGCAGUUGUUGGUUGAUAUUAAAAUUUUUAUGAAGAAAUUACGUAAACUCUGAUUGUAAACUGCUUUUUUCA